AUGUCUCUGUCUACUCUCAAAUCCGACAAAAACUGCUUUGGGAACAUCAGAGGAAACAUCAUUCCCGCUCUGAUUAACAACCUCACCAAAGCCAGAGACUCCCUCUCCGACAACCAUGAAGACGAUGAGAAGAAGAUGGCUACUGAAAUUGAAAAGCUACGCAAAGACCUCAUUUACAUCGAUCAGGCUCUGCGCAAAGACCUCAUUUACAUUGAUCAGGCUUUCUCCGGACUCAAGAAUUUUGAAGAAAGCGCUUGUGAUCUUUUCCAGAUUCUCCUAAAACCGCAACACAGUCUCUUGGCUGCCCCAACACGGACUCCCAUCCAUGAGCCCAAAGCUAAGAAAUUUCUGAAGGACAAGCUUCUGAUACACAGUAAGGUAAUCAUGAAACUAAAGCUCCUAAUUCCGUCUCCUCACAAAAUGCUGUUGAACAAGGACAAUCCUUUGGUUCUGGCCGACAUUGGCAAAGGGCCUGAUAGCCUGCCUGACUUACAUUUCAGUAAGGUGUUUAAGGAUAGCCCGGCUCUUAAAGAAUUUCGGGUUGUUUAUAACAGUCUUAGUGUUAUUACAAAGCUCUGUUUGUUGUGUUUCGCUGCUAUUCCUGCCAAUGAGGCUAUAAAGAAGAGGGUUUUGGUACAUUGGUGGGUUGGAGAAGGGUUUGUGAACCCUCCUGUUGAUGGAGAAAAGACAGCGGAGGAAAUUGCUGAUGGUAUAUUUCAAGAGUUAACCGAGAAGGGCUGCAUUGAACCUGUUUAUAAGAAACCGAGAUCGGUUGUGCACAGUUUUACAAUGCACCAUCUUAUUCGUUCUGCUGUAACUGUGAUUGCCAGUGAGGUGGGAUUCUUUAAUUUUGAUGAUAAAGGGAAUCCCACGGCCAAUUUUUCAUCGCAUUCUUAUCGGGCGUGUUUGGUUAAUCGGGAUUUUUGUGCGGAGGACUCUCGUCAUCUGAUGGGGAAGAAUAGACCACGUAAUUUGCAUCAAAAUACGGAAAAUAUACCACAUGAUUCGGAUCAAGAUACGGCAAAUAGACCACAUGAUUCGGAUCAAAAUACGGCAAAUAGACAACAUGAUUCGGAUCAAAAUACGGCAAAUACACCACAUGAUUUAGAUCCAAAAAUGCUGCAGACCGUAUUCAAUGUGAACGAGUCUUAUCCAGAUUUUUCCAAUGUGGACUGGUCUAAGUUGAGGAAUCUGAAGGUUCUUCAUCUUGGAAGGUGGCACAGCAGGGCUAAGCAUCACAUUGAAGUAGAUGACACUGAAUUCUUAAGAGGGUUGAUCCAUUUGACACAUUUGAGGAUUUUCAGUCUGCAAGGAGUAUCUAGGAUUAUGGAACUUCCUGAUUCAGUAUGCAAGCUUCUUAGUUUGAGGAUCUUGGAUCUUGGAGCAUGUCCGAAUUUAGAGCUACUUCCAGAGACAAUAGGCUCACUUAAGAAUCUCACACACUUGGAUAUGUCUGAGUGUUACUUGCUGGAGCGCAUGCCUAAGGGGAUUGCCUUCCUUUCAGAACUCCAAGUUCUUAAAGGAUUCGUAGUUGGUGUUCAUGAUAAGAAUGAUACUUCAUGUACUUUUCAUGAUUUGUCAGCACUGAAGAAGUUGAGGAAAUUGUCAAUCCACACAAGUAGGGCGGAUUUUCCCUCAGAAGAUGAGCUCGUUGAUUUACAACAAUUUGGAUGGCUUCGAAAGCUAACGAUAGAAUGGGGACGGUUAUCCCCCCCAGCCACCACUCAGGAUAAAGGCAUUGAGCCAGAUAAUGUUGCUGCUCAACCCACGACAAGAAGCACUCAACACAAUGCUGCACCACAGCCGGAAACACCACCAACUAUCACAAAAAAUCGUUUGUUCUGUAAACUGCCAGCAUUCAGAGGGGCGCGUAGGUCGACUGCUACCUUGGCGCUUAGGUCGACAUUAGAUCUAGAGAAACUGGACCUGCAGUGCUACCCUCAGAAGACAGCACCCAGUUGGUUGAGGCCUGGAAAGCUUAAGAGCCUAAAGAAACUCUACAUUAGAGGAGGAAAACUCCGAAAUCUUGUUAAAGUUCAGGAGAACGACAACAAGUGGGCAGUUGAGACACUGCGAUUGAAGUUCUUGAGUGAACUAGAGAUGGAUUGGAAAGAAAUCCCAGUUUCAUUUCCUGACUUGAUUUACUUGGAGAAAUUUAGAUGUCCUAGGCUCACUUUCUUCCCAACAGAUGAGAGUGGAGUAUGGCUGAAGCCCUAAAAUGGCAAAAUGGAAUCAAAGCUACUGGAAAUCUUGGUAUGAUGCAUUCACACCAUUCAAGUGCUCACAAUAUUGAACAAGGUUUGUCCAAUAAUAUACACUAAUUUUUUGUUCAGUCUUUCUUUUUGUUUGCAAUUACUUUUCCAUAGAAGAGGUUGUAAAAUUAUGUGAUUUGUCUUCUCAUGAGAUUUGGUUUACUUGUGUACAAUAAAUCUCAUGGAAACUUAUUGUCAAGAGUGAUGUUUUAUUAUUGGAGGAAACAAUUCUUUUCUUUAUUAUGUAUA